AUGGAACAGAAAGGUGUACUGGCGAUUAACGUCAUUGAAAGAAGAGAAACGAGCGUUGAUUGCGUUAUCAAAGCACUGAUCGAAUGCAUUAAAACAGGAGAACGAUUCAGCUGCCACGAUUUAAUCUUCCUCCUGCACAACUUCAGGGAUUGUUUGCAGAUCAGAAGUUCUCAGCCAUGUUUCAUUCUCACUAUCCUUAAAUGGGAGCACUCCAUUCACAAUGACGUCACCAUGGGGAAAAACUUGCCUCCAUCUAGUCUGCACAGUAUCCACAUUGUUUUGAACGCCCAGCCCCGAUUCAUUGGCCUGGACAUGUUCAAUGUUCACAAGCCUUAUGCCAAUAUUAUAAGGGAGCAGCCACGAAGCUGCUGGUGCAGACAUCACCACAACGCCAGGUGCUUCCUGUCAGUUCUGCACAACAGAAAAGGCGGUGGAUGGGUCCUCGGCUCGUUUUCUCCAUUAAUGGGCAGGUUCAUUCUCAUUGGUUUGUUCGCAGGCGGCAGUAUAGAGUUCUCACGUGAUAACAUCUAUCGGUUAUUUGGAAGGAAGAGUCACCCCUGUACAAAAGUUUUCAAAUACUUAAUUGCCGACUCAGCCGGGUUUUCGGAAGGCUUUAGGACGCAUUCAUAUCUUGUGCAUGUUAUACAUGAGGUACUUAAUGAGGAGAUGUUUGGACUGCCGAUCAAGGGGGUUGUUAUGACGUGGCUGGUGCGCAGCUUCUUUAGUAUUUUUGUCAUUGCCAUUGCCAAGGCAAUCAAAGACUACUCCAACAAACUCCUGAAGGCAGUGAAACUGAGACUGGCGAAUGGGAGCGGUCGGUGCGUAGGAAGAGUGGAGAUUCACUACAGGGGGCAGUGGGGGACUGUGUUUGGUAUCAUCUGGGACCUGCAGGACGCCGCUGUUGUGUGUCGGGAGCUGGGCUGCGGGACCGCGGUGUCUGCACCGGGCAGUGCUCACUUUGGGGAAGGUUCCGGACCUAUUGUGACGGUGGCUGUUCGGUGCAGCGGGAACGAGUGCGGGAGUGUACAUCAGCUCGCUGGGAUCAGUAUUCCUGGUCACACAGCGAUGAUGCCAGCGCGAUCUACUCAGGGAACCGGCCCGGUGUGGAAGGAAAAUCACAGGUGCCGCGGGAACAAAUCCCGAUUGUCGGAGUGUCCGGUUACAUCCGGGGAAAAUUUUAACUGCUCACUUGGAAAUGACGCGAAUGUCAUGUGUUCGGAUGAAAGCUGGUCACUGAGAUUGACGAAAGGGGGAAGCCGCUGUGAUGGUCGGGUGGACAUUUAUCACAACGGUCGCUGGGGCAGAGUACAGGACAGCCUCUGGGACCUCAAUGAUGCUAACGUAGUCUGCAGAACACAAACAGACGGUGGAAGACGGCUGUCAGACGGUGGAAGCCCAUGUACAGGCCGAGUGGAGAUUUAUUACAACGGGACCUGGGGCUCAGUUUGUGAUGAUUCCUGGGAUCUGACAGACGCUGACGUAGUUUGCAAACAGCUGCAUUGCGGAAAGGCAUUGGACGUGACACUUCUUGCCUCUUGGGGACAAGGCUCAGGUCCAGUUUGGCUGGAAGGCUUGAACUGUUCAGGGGAGGAAUCGUUUCUCUGGCAAUGCCCCUCGGGAUAUUGGGGUUCGCACGACUGUUCUCAUAAAGAAGAUGUGAAGAUCAUGUGCUCAGAACACAAAGAGCUGCGGCUGGUGAAUGGAAAGCAUCGUUGUGAGGGGAGGGCGGAAGUGUUUUACAAUGGGAUCUGGGGAACAGUGUGUUCGGCAGCACUGGAUCGCCAUGAUGCUGAGGUGAUCUGUAAACAGUUACAGUGUGGCCCCCUGGUUUCUAUAGACUAUAACGCUCGGUCAUUCGGAGAAGGAUCCGGACCUAUUUGGCUCGAUGAGAUGGAAUGUAAUUUUCACGAGUCGGCCAUUUGGCAGUGUCGGACAGACCCGUGGGGACAAGACAACUGUUAUCACAGAGAAGAUGCAGGAGUUUCCUGUUCAGAUUCAGAUGUAGGUUUGCGUCUGGUUGGAGGUAACACCAACUGCUCCGGGCGAGUGGAGAUAACGUGCAAUAAUACCUGGGGCACGUUCUGUGAUGACUCCUGGGAUAUGGCCGAUGCCAAUGUUGUCUGCAGGCAGCUGAAUUGUGGAUCUGCUCUAUUGGCUACAGGAGGGGCCGCUUUUGGCCAGGGUGAAGGUGAUAUCUGGUUCGAUGAGGUGAGAUGUACCGGAAGCGAGUCCUUUCUCUCCGAUUGUCCUUCCUCAGCAUCUGCUCAAUCUGACUGUGAUCACAAGGAGGAUGCCAGUGUGAUUUGUUCCGAAUACCCCAAGGUCCAGAUUUGUCGUCGCCUGCUUCUCCGUCAUGAAGAUGAAAUUACUUCCAUCCCUCUUGUGAUCGGUAUAACUCUCGGGAUCCUGUUGAUCUGUGAGUUCAUCGCACUAAUUGUGCCAAUGCAGAGACAAUCAUCAAGGAAAGGUUCUGUCACUGGCGGUUGGGGUUCACCGACUGCUAUGUACCAAGCAAUUUAUGAAGAAAUUCAAGAUAUUCCGCCUGUCAAGGAUCCUGCUCUGACCCGUGGCUCAGUUUCUGCUUCCAUUGACUCUCACAACCAUAUCGAAUACUACACCAGCCACAUUUUGGAUGACCAAGGUCGUGGAUCGGAAAAUCCUGACGAGAACUCCUCCAGUGUUCAGGAUCUCGGCGAUUACGACGAUGCUGAGACCACAGACAAUGAUUCUCAGAGCGAUCACUUGCUGCUGGAAGGUGUUGAUGGUGAUUUCUUCAGACCGGAAAGUGCCGGCGGUGAUCUGUGAACUCUGGGUAAAGGAUAUCGACAAAACCAAGAUGCGAUGCCCCAGGUGUGAGAGUCACUGUGCAAAAUCUGAGGGAAUACCCUUAACCUUUCCAAUUAUAUGUCCCUCUCGAAGUUGCUUCACUUUCUGAUAUAAACAUGUUUUGAAAAACAUCACACUUCACCUUAUGUUGAGACAUCUAGUUUCAUAUUUUAACCUAUAACUUAUCUUUAAAAAUAUGAAUACUGUCUAAUCAGAAAUGAAGGAAAAGGGGAUUUUUUCCCUGCAUUUCCUUCUAUAUAAUAAAAUGGUACCACACUCCGCUGUUUCCACAAUACAACCCAACAGGAGAAUUGAAGACCGAUGACCAUCCAUUACAAGUUUAUAUCAGCUUCAUUAUGUAAUUUUCCAAAUGCCUUAAAAGAAGGAUUAAAUCAAGGAAAUAAAUGGAAUAACUGUUUUACAUCCA